CAUCGAUUCAUUCUUCUCUGACAAUCCAGAUCUUAGCCUUGUUCAUCUUCUUCAGGAAAUAGAGCUUUGUUUGGACUCUACUUCACAAGGAAACAGACCUUCGUUUGGAUUCUCCCGCACAAGGAAUAUGGCCUCUAAUGAAAUGGAAGUUGAUGACAAAGCCGAAUGGUCUGCUAAGAAUGAAGGAAAAUUCAUUCGUAUUUUGCAUGAGCAUGUGAAAAAAGGUGACAUGCAAACGUCCACUUUCAAAAAGAAAAUUUGGGUGGAAAUAAGUGAUGAGCUAUUUGCUGAAAGUACAAAAAGAUAUGUUGUGCCACAACUAAAGUCUAAAUUCAAUAGACUACGCAAAAAACACCGUGAAUUUUCUGAUUUGAUUGAGCAUACCGGAUUUGGGUGGGAUCCUAUUGCGAACACUGUAACUGCAUCAGAGGAAGUAUGGGCUACAUAUAUUAAGAGAGUGCCAGGAGUGAAGCCAUAUCGUAAGAAAGGGUUGGAACAUUAUGAAAUUUUAGGGGAAAUAUUUAACACUACUACUGCAACGGGUCAACUACAUUAUGCCUCUAGCCAACUCCCUCCCAAUUCAGAUGAAGAGCGCGAGUUAGAGAACAAGUUUCUUAAUAAUGGAGUUCAUAUCAAUCUUGAUGAGGAUUUCAAUAUUAAUAAUGCUCAGAUUGAGACAAAAGGAAAAAGAAAGGCUAUGACAGAGGCUCCAGCUUCAGAGCGUCGUACAAAGAAAUGGGACAAAAUGGAAGCCUACUUAGAAAUUUGUGGUGAGGUGAUGAAAGAAAAGCUACAACAAAGAAAAGAAAAAAAUACUGAAGAGAAUAAGGAGAAGUACUCCAUUGAAGAGUGUGUGCAAAUUGUGGAAACAUUGGGAGACAUUGACCAUGCCACAUUAAUCAAAAUGAUGGAUAAGCUUAUAAUUGUUGAAUGGAGGAGGCUCUUUCUUUCCAUGUCAGAUGAAAGAAGGAGAGCUUGGCUAGCUAAUCUCUAGAAUUGUUGUCUACAUUGUGGUUGUUUUGUUAUCUUGCUUGAUGUUUGUCUUCAUUGCAUAAAUUGUCAUUUUGUUUCGUAUUUCAUGUUUUUACCUUGGUGAACUUUUGAUUCUUGUUAA